CACCUGGUGUUGGUAAUAAGACACUUGAGAAUCAAUGUGUAGAUGAAGAAAAAGAAGAACAACUUAUCAGACUAAUGAAGAAGUUGCUGGAAAUUGAAACUAAUCUUAAACGUUGUUUUCCGGGACAAUACAAUGGCUUGAUUUGUCCUAAAUGUAAUGGUAGGAAGUCAGUGGCGAAGAUCAGGAGCUUAUCUCUUCGUAUUGAACCGGACUGGAAGGCAGCAGCUUGGACCUGCACUCGAGCUAAAUGUAAUUGGAAAGGCGCUACCCAACUACUUGCGUAUUUUGCCGAGCGGAGGAUAUCUGUAGAAACACUACAAAGAAAUCGUGUCAUGCAGAAAAGAUAUGGAGAUACG